CAAAAUGGAAUGCGAGUACGGGAGUCGCAACUCGCAACUCCGAAGCCCUAACCUUCAUAGUCCGAAGCUUUCCCUACUCGCGGCCACCGAUUGAUCUCUCCUACUCUCCGGACCCUGGCCGAUUCAGUUCGGUGAAAUGUUGUUAAAGUUUUUGACUUGUGAUGGUCCUGUCACUUUUGGUACUGCAUCUAGUUUCCGGUUGUACUAAAUAUAACUCCUUCUUGCUGCUGCCCGCAUAUCUGAACAGGUUGGUUUAAGAAAAUUUAGAUUCUUUCAAUGGGGAUAGAUCUUGAACGGCCUUCGGGAGAAUGCCGUAAGGAAGGUAUUAGAGACCAUGCCAUUGUGAAAGCAACUAAUGGUCCUGCAAAUGAUAAGGAGGAUACAGGACAAAAUGAAAACAAGGCGGUUGCCAGAGACGAAAUUAAUUUGAAUUCUACAAAAGAUUUAGAACCUCAUGAUGGAAUGGAGUUUGAAUCAAAGGAAGCUGCAUUUUCGUUCUAUAGAGAAUAUGCCAAGUCUGUGGGGUUCGCUGCUGUAAUAAAGGCCAGUCGUCGAUCAAGAGUAUCUGGAAAGUUUAUUGAUGCAAAAUUUGCAUGCACUAGACAUGGGAGCAAACGAGAAUCUAAUACAGCUGAAGCACCAGAGUCUGUUUCAAACCCCAGAGAAUCUAGUAUCUGUGACUCUGUUAAGAGAAAACGAGGUCGCUCUAACCGAUCUUGGGAGAAAACAGAUUGUAAAGCCUCCAUGCAUGUUAAGAGGCAAGAUGGUAGAUGGAUUAUUCGUAGUUUCAUAAAAGAGCAUAAUCAUGAAAUUUUUCCUGAUGAAGCCUAUUAUUUUAGGGGGCAUAGGGAUUUAGAUCUAGGUAGAUGUGAUGUUGAUCGCUUACUUGCUAUCCGGAGAAGAACAAAGAAGAUGUAUGUUGAUAUGGCCAAACAGUCCGGUGGCUUCAAGAAGUUAGAUAAUCAAAAAGGUGGUGGGACAAAUCAAUCACUGAGCAGGAAGCAUUUAUCUUUAGAGGAAGGAGAUGCUCAAGUUAUGCUUGACCAUUUUCUGUAUAUGCAAGAUGAGAAUCCUAACUUCUUUUAUGCAGUUGAUCUGAAUGAGGAGCAGCGUUUGAAGAAUGUUUUCUGGGUUGAUGCCAAAGGUAGACUUGAUUAUGGGAAUUUUAGUGAUGUAGUAUUUCUUGAUACUGCAUAUAUCAAGAAUGAAUACAAAUUGCCGUUUGUUCCCUUUAUUGGCGUGAACCACCACUUUCAGUUCAUUUUGCUUGGAUGUGCUUUACUAGCUGAUGAGAGCAAAUCAUCCUAUGUCUGGCUGAUACGGGCAUGGCUAAAAGCAAUGGGUGGACGUGCUCCAAGAGUAAUACUUAGUAGCCGAGAUAAAGUCCUGAAAGAAGUGAUUACAGAGGUCCUUCCUGAUUCUCGUCAUUGUUUUUGUUUGUGGCACAUAUUUGGCAAGAUUCCUGAUAAGCUUGGUUAUGUGAUUAGGCAACAUGAAAAAUUUAUGGUUAAGUUUAACAAAUGCGUUUUUAAGUCUUGGACAAAUGAACAGUUUGAAAAAAGAUGGUGGAAAAUGGUUGACAGAUUCAAUUUAAGGGAUGACGCAUGGUUUCAAUCAUUGUAUGAGGAUCGUGGACGAUGGAUACCAACAUACAUGAGAGACACUUUUCUGGCAGGUAUGUCUACAACCCAGCGGUUAGAAGGUAUAAAUUGUUUCUUCGACAAAUUCAUGCAGAGGAAAACUCCGUUGAAAGAAUUUUUAGAACAAUACAAAACAAUCCUUCGAGAGAGGUAUGAAGAGGAAGUAAAAGCUGAUUUUGAAACAUGGCAUAAGCAACCAGCAUUGAGAUCUCCAUCACCAUAUGGUAAACAAAUGGCAACUGUGUAUACUCAUGCAGUAUUUAAGAAAUUCCAAGUUGAGGUUUUGGGAGUAGUUGCUUGUCAUCCAAAGAAAGAAACUGAAGACGGAUUAAUCAAAACUUUCAGAGUUCAAGAUUUUGUAGAGAAUCAAGAUUUCAUUGUGGAGUGGAACGAAACGACAUCGGAUGUAUCCUGUUUAUGCCGUUCAUUUGAAUUCAAAGGUUUUCUUUGUAGACAUGUGUUGAUUGUACUGCAAAUGUCUGGUGUACACAGUAUUCCAUCUCAGUAUAUAUUAAAACGUUGGACGAAAGAUGCAAAGAAUAGGCAAACAACCAGAGAAGGGUCUGAUGCAGCCGAAUCUAGAGUUCAACGUUACAAUGAUCUAUGCCGACGAGCCUUUAAAUUGAGUGAUGAAGGUUCUUUAUCCCAAGAAAGUUACAGUAUUGCGUUUAAUGCAUUGGAAGAAGCUCUGAGAAGUUGUGAGAGUAUAAAUAACUCAAUCCAGAAUGUAACAGAGCCAAUCUCGCCAAAGACUCAUGGUCCUCAAGGUUCCGAAGGAGAGAACCAAGGCAACAACAAUAUCGAGACUAAUAAAAAAAAUGGUGCAUCCAAGAAAGGACAGGUGCAUUCGGAGCCAGAGGCCAUAAGCAUUGGGAUGCAAGAAAACUGGCAACAAGUGGCAGAACUCACCUCAAGAGCUCCAAACUUCGAUGGUUAUUAUGGCAGUCAACAAAUUGUUCAAGGAAUGGGGCAGCUUAACACGAUACCCUCCAGCCGUGAAGAAUAUCAUAGCAAUCAGCAUAUGCCAAGGCCGUGUCUAAUAAACUCAAUCGCGCCCAUCCAUGAUUCUCACUACAUGACUCAGCAAAGACUGCAUGGGGUGGCGCAGUUGCAUUUCAGACCACAACCUAUUCCGAGUUAUUUUGACAUUCAGGAUGGUUUGCAAGAUGUGGACCAGUCUACUGUGGGAACCAAUCAACCACAUGGCUUGUCAUCAAAACAUUUGCAUUCUAAACACCCGUCUCAUCAGUAGUGAAGCGUUAGUACCUGUCUACCAAAGGUGAAGAAUAUGGGAAUGAAGCAACACACUGCAGCAACUGAGAAAUCCAAAAUUGAAGGAAUCUAACGUUGUAGAUUUUGUCGGAGAACAGGGAGAGAUCCGACCAUGAUCAGGAAGAUGGAAAUAUCGUUGGUGUUUGUCCCAGUAGAGAUGUGGAAAUCCCUCAAGUCCAAGAACUAAUACUAUCCGAUUCUUCUCUUUUUAGCUUACAGCUCUUCUGUACAGGUGAUUGCCUCCUCUGUCAAAUACAAAUGUACAAUUUUUUUAGUUAAUCCAAUUUCCAAGUCCAACUAA